AGUUAGUUUGCAUCGUACGCUUCCCGAGUGUGGAAGGCAAAAAUUUCGAUUGCUCUGUGACCGUCGUGUGAGGCUCAUGUGCGUUCUGUGUGUCGUUUAUCGGUUUUUGGUCGCCCAAGAAAAAGGACCGUGCAGUGAAAAAAGGAACAUAACACUAGCCAACAUAUAGAAGCCUCUUCUCGUUUUAGCUCGCGGGUCGCGUUCGCGUGUGUGCAAAGUGUGUGCAUUCAUAUCCCUCUCGGUAGUGUGUCGUUGUCACAGCCUACUUGUGUUCAAGUUAUUUUUUUUUUCUUUCUGCAUACUUGGAAGUUUUCUGUCUGAUAGUCUCAUUCAUAAAGUGCAAAGAACUAACAAGAAAAGAAUCAGAAGGCAAAGGAACAUACCAGCACUCACAGAGUGGAGGCAGCAGAAGCAGCAGCAGCAGUGUGUGAGUUAUAAAACAUCCCGAAAAUCAAUGAAAAUUCGUGCUCAUCGGGUGGCUCUCACGCGUGCGGUGGGCGGCUGAUUGUGACAGAAACGGAGAGCCUUGUGCAAGAUGAAUCCCAGUGCGCUAUCAUAAUUUAGUGUCAACUGCUGCAGGUGUUGUACUUUUUUUGUUUGGUGUACCCGAAACUGACAAAAAAAGCUAACUAGAAGUCCUGUGCGGUAGAAGAAGAAGAAGAACGAAGGCAAACCUGCUCGAUAAUGCGGGGGACCUUCCCGAAGUGAACCGAGCGGGGUAGGAAAAUAUGAGCUCUCGGAUGAGGAAAAACUUGUGAGAUUUUUUUUUGACACCCAGUUGACGGUGGGAAAAAAAAUAUUGGUUGAACCCAAUCGAAUUGUGCCGAAAAUAGUGUGUGUUAUCAAGUUCCGGGUGCUGUUGGGGCACGCAGUGCCUAAGAGUGUAGCGUUUUGGGGACGGAUUCUGUGCUGGGGUGUAGUAAAACGUGAAAGAAAGAAAGGAGAGAGAGAAAAAACAUCAUAAAGUGUUACCUAAAGGAAGGAGAAUAACUGGAACGGGUGUAGCAGAAGUAGCCGACUCGGGGCAUCAUCGUAGUUGUGGCUGUGUGUGGGGAUGCCUCUUCUAGUGGCGAUUAAUGUGCAAGCGUGAUCAGAAAACCGGCUGCCAAUAACAACAACAACAACACCAGUCUGCCAACCACCCCCGCGUUCAGGUAACCAUCGAAAUUCGGUAGCCAGCGUGUAGCCAAAAAAUACGACUAUCAUCCGCCGCGCUAGGAAGCAAGCUUAGGGAGAGGGAGGACAACCCGCAGAUCGUUGCCACUUAAUACUGUUGUGUACGCGCCCGCGCUAUCAGUGACAAAUAGGAAAAUAAUAUGUAAAUUUAUGAAAAUUUGAUAAGUUUUUCUGCUCUCUGUUUCUCUAUCUCUCUCUCUCUCUGAUCGCGUGAUUCGUUUGCCGUUUUUAAUGCUCGUUCCCUAUCUCUGUCUCUCUGUGUCGUGUCGGUUUCAGUGCGUGCGCGACGAUUUUUGUUUUCAGUUAUGUUUUCGAUGUUCACAUUCGGUGCAACGUAGUAGCCAGGAUUUUUAUCACCCGGUUUCUAGCCAGCCAGGAAAAAAAAAGUGUCAUAAUUUAUUUCGCUGGAUUCGGUGUUCGGUUAUUCGCUGGUAAUUCGUUUUAAGCGCACACACGUACUCAAUCGCAAGAGCGAUUAAAUUCAACAACAACAGUUGCUAGCCGCGUGAAAAUAAAAAUUUGUCGGUGAAAUCUCCGGAGAGCUAAAGAAGAAAAAAAAAGAAUUCGCAAAGAAGAAAAAUAAAUUCGAUCAAGUGCAAAAGUGUGCGAGGAAAACCAAGUGAUGCGGUAAAUUAAACACGCGGAGUUGCGAGAAGAAAUACAACAAAAAAAAACAUCAACAACAGAACGACGAAGGGUGCGGCGAACCAUCGAAGCAGGAGCAGGAGGCACCGCGAAGCCCUAAAUGAGGGACUGUGCGGCGGCGGUGCAGUGCAGCCAAGAUGAACUCGUACGAAUUUAAUGCAACCAUGGACUGCCGAGAUAAUGGAAUACUUCGCGGAGCUGUGAAAAAUACUACAAGAGGCUGCCUCCUGGACGGAGUUCCGCCUUCAGCUCCACCAGAUGUACCACCGCGUAAUCCAACAAUGAAUCGGAUGAAUGGUCGUGUCACCGGUAACCCUACAGAGCUGGGCGUCGAUUUCGAACCGUCGUGUCUGGUGCGAACGCCGUCGGGCAACGUGUACAUUCCGAGCGGAAAUAUAGCCAUUAACAACAAGGGAUCACCGAUAGACUACAAAACGGGCUCCGCCUGUUCAACUCCCACGAAGGACACACUCAAGAGCUACGACCGCAACUGCAUGGGUCCGGUCCUACCGCCCCGGAGCGCCAUGUGUGGUCCCCCGUCACAUCACUACUCAGCGCCGCUGAACUUUCGCAAAGGCUUCACCUUCACCAAAUGUACAUGGAAGUGUACGGCUAUACUAGUUAUAUUAUUAAGUGUUAUACUUGUUAUAACAUUAUUAUUAACAGCAUCUAAUGUAUUAAGUAUAUCAUAUCCAACCACCAACCCCUGUACAGUUCUAGUCGAUGAAAAAGCAGAAAUCUCUGCAGCCAAAAGUACGAUAGCGGACGCGAAUCGGGCCUCGGAAGUGGGAAGUGGUCCGGCUUCCGGACGGGCAAAAUCAGCUGGAAGCGACGGUCUUAGUGGUGGCAGCAGCGGCAGCAGUGCCGCCGAUUCGCCCUCGUUAAGUUCCGCUUCCACCUCCGCGUCAUCGUCCGCGGCGUCAACCGCGCCGGCCAACAGCAAUAGCAUUAGCAAUGCCAACAGCAACAACAACAACAACGGAGGUGCACGAACAUUCCCAGCACGAAGUUUCCCACCCGAUGGCACCACCUUCUCGCAGAUCACGCUCGGUCAGCGCCUGUCGAAGGAGAUCCCCCCGUACAGCUACUGGAACAUGCAGUUCUACCAGUCGGAACCGGCCUACGUCAAGUUCGAUUACGGAAUACCGCGCGGGGCUUCGAUCGGUGUUUACGCCCGGCGCAAUGCCCUACCGACGCACACCCAGUACCACUUCAAGGAGGUGCUGAGCGGUUUCAACGCACGCCAAACACGUGCCGCCAGCCAUCCAUCGAUGCGACGAGAAGUGACCCGCUACAUGGAACCGGGCCACUGGUUCCUUUCGAUCUACAACGACGACGGAGACGCCCAGGAGAUUACCUUCUACGCUACCGUUGCCGAGGAUAUGACCCAAAAUUGUCCGAACGGAUGCUCCGGGAAUGGACAGUGCCUGCUCGGGCACUGUCAGUGCAAUCCGGGCUACGGUGGGGAUGACUGCAGCGAGAGCGUCUGUCCGGUGCUAUGCUCCCAGCGGGGUGAAUACAUCAACGGCGAGUGCCAGUGCAAUCCGGGCUGGAAAGGUAAAGAGUGCUCUCUGCGGCACGACGAGUGCGAGGUUCCGGACUGCAACGGACACGGACACUGCGUCAGCGGAAAGUGUUCAUGCGUUCGCGGCUACAAGGGGAAAUACUGCGAAGAAGUGGACUGCCCACAUCCCACCUGCUCCGGCCACGGGUUCUGUGCCGACGGUACGUGCAUCUGCAAGAAAGGCUGGAAGGGACCGGACUGUGCGACCAUGGACCAGGAUGCGCUGCAAUGUCUACCGGACUGUUCCGGCCACGGGACGUUCGAUCUGGACAGCCAAACGUGCACCUGCGAACCGAAGUGGAGCGGUGAGGACUGCUCGCAGGAACUGUGCGAUCUUAACUGUGGCCAGCACGGACGCUGUGUGGGCGAUAGUUGCAGCUGUGAUCCCAGCUGGGGUGGAGAGUUUUGCAACGGCAAACUGUGCGAUCCGCGCUGCAACGAGCACGGACAGUGCAAGAACGGAACGUGCCUCUGCGUGACCGGCUGGAAUGGGAAGCACUGCACCUUGGAGGGAUGUCCGAGUGGCUGUUCGCAACACGGUCAGUGCCACGUGAGUGGAGAGUUGAUGUGGGAAUGUCGCUGCUAUGAAGGCUGGGAUGGUCCCGAUUGUUCGGUUGCAUUGGAGCAGAAUUGUGGCGAUAAUAAGGACAACGAUAGAGAUGGCCUUGUGGACUGCGAAGAUCCCGAAUGCUGCGGAAGCCAUUCCUGUAAAACCAGCCAACUGUGCGUGUCGGCACCGAAACCGAUCGACGUGCUGCUCCGGAAGCAACCGCCAGCUAUUACGGCUUCCUUCUUCGAGCGCAUGAAGUUCCUGAUCGACGAGGGUAGUCUGCAGAACUACGCCAAGCUAGAAACGUUCAACGAAAGCGUUUUUUGGAAUCAUUUUAACGCAAGCCGAUCGGCCGUCAUCCGCGGGCGCGUCGUAACAUCUCUGCAGAUGGGACUGGUGGGUGUACGAGUGAGCACAUCGACACCCCUGGAAGGAUUCACCCUGACCCGUGACGACGGUUGGUUCGAUCUGAUGGUUAACGGAGGUGGCGCCAUCACGCUGCAGUUCGGUAGAUCACCGUUCCGGCCGCAAACACGCAUCGUUCAGGUUCCCUGGAACGAGGUCGUCAUCAUCGAUACCGUUGUGAUGUCAACGUUGGACGAUAAGGAGAAAACGGGAUCACCACAUACCUGUUUCUCGCAUGAUUACGAUUCGAUGAAACCGGUAGUGUUGGCUACCUGGAAGCAUGGCUUCCAGGGUGCUUGUCCCGAUCGUAGUGCCAUUCUGGCGGAAUCUCAAGUCGUUCAGGAAUCGUUAUCGAUUCCUGGAACUGGUUUAAAUCUCGUUUACCAUAGCAGUAGAGCAGCUGGCUAUUUAUCCACCAUUAAACUACAGCUGACCCCUGACAACAUUCCACAAACUCUGAAAUUAAUCCAUCUACGAAUUACUAUCGAGGGAAUCCUUUUCGAACGAAUCUUCGAAGCUGACCCUGGAAUCAAAUUUACCUACCCUUGGAAUCGACUAAACAUCUACCGUCAGCGAGUGUACGGUAUAACGACUGCCGUGGUCAAAGUAGGCUAUCAGUACACCGACUGCAAAGACAUUAUCUGGGACGUACAGACAACGAAGCUGAGCGGCCAUGAUAUGAGCAUCUCCGAAGUAGGCGGGUGGAAUCUUGAUAUUCACCAUCGCUACAACUUCCACGAAGGAAUCCUACAGAAAGGGGACGGAUCGAACAUCUAUUUGAAACAUAAACCACGUGUUAUCUUGACAAUCAUGGGUGAUGGACAUCAACGUCCGCUGGACUGUGCCGAUUGUAAUGGGGUCGCUUCCAAACAGCGACUGUUGGCCCCGGUUGCCCUAGCUGCAGCUCCCGAUGGUAGUCUCUAUGUUGGCGAUUUCAACUACAUCCGUCGGAUCAUGAUCGAUGGUACUGUAAAAACAGUGGUCAAACUUAAUGCAACACGUGUUUCCUAUCGGUAUCAUAUGGCUCUCAGUCCACUGGACGGAUCGUUGUACAUUUCCGACCCGGAAUCGCAUCAAAUCAUUAAAGUUAAGAACAAGGAUGAUUCUCACGAUCCGGAACACAACUGGGAACCGGUGGUUGGUAGUGGCGAACGAUGUCUGCCCGGAGAUGAGGCUCACUGUGGAGAUGGUGGAUUAGCCCGCGACGCCAAGUUAGCCUAUCCGAAAGGAGUUGCGAUCUCGUCCGAUAACGUACUCUUCUUUGCCGAUGGCACAAACAUUCGUAUGGUCGAUCGCGACGGCAUCAUCAGCACUCUGAUCGGUAAUCACAUGCACAAAUCCCACUGGAAACCGGUCCCAUGCGAAGGAACGCUUAAAAUCGAAGAAAUGCACCUUCGCUGGCCAACAGAACUUACCAUCAAUCCGCUGGAUGACACCCUGCAUAUCAUCGACGAUCAUAUGAUCCUUCGCAUGACCCCGGAUGGACGUGUUCGAGUGAUCGCCGGUCGUCCACUACACUGUUCAUCAGCCACACCUGCGACUUUCGAUUCAGAUCUUGCCGCACACGCCACUCUCGUGAUGCCACAAAGCAUCGCCUUCGCACCGUCCGGUGAUCUGUAUGUCGCAGAAAGCGACUCACAGCGUAUCAACCGUAUCCGGGUGAUCGGUACCGACGGAAAGAUAGCCGCCUAUGCUGGAGCCGAAUCUAAGUGCAACUGCUUGGAACGCGGUUGCGACUGCUACGAAGCCGAUCACUACCUAGCAAUCAGUGCCAAAUUCAACACGAUCUCGGCCAUCACCGUCACUCCGGACGGACAUGUACACAUCGCCGACCAGGCCAAUUAUCGCAUUCGUUCGGUAAUCUCAAGUCUUCCAGAGGCAGGCACUUCCAAAGAGUACGAAAUCUAUGCUCCUAACGCCCAGGAAAUCUAUGUGUUCAACCGUUUCGGUCAGCAUAUCGCUACCAAGAACAUCAUGACCGGUGAAACGACCUAUAGCUUCCUGUACAAUGUAAACACUUCGAACGGUAAGCUCAGCACGGUUACGGACGCCGCCGGUAAUAAGGUUUUUCUACUUCGCGACUACACCUCCCAGGUGAACUCGAUCGAGAACACCAAGGGCCAGAAGUGUCGUCUUCGGAUGACCCGCAUGAAGAUGCUGCAUGAGCUGAGCACUCCGGACAAUUACAACGUGACCUUUGAUUACCACGGACCGACGGGACUGUUGAAAACGAAGCUGGAUUCGACGGGUCGUUCGUACGUCUACAAUUACGACGAGUUCGGUCGUCUUACAUCGGCCGUUACCCCGACGGGGAAAGUGAUCGAUCUGACGUUUGAUUUGAGCGUGAAAGGAGCUACCGUUAAGGUGAUGGAGAAUUCUCAACGUGAGGUAUCCAUGUUGAUUCAGGGAUCUUCGGUGGUGUCCCGAGUUGGGGAAGCCGCCACCAAGACUACGGUACUGGUUGACGGUGGAACUACGAGUGUGGCUCCUUGGGGCAAUACGGUUUCGGUGGAAUCCGUUCCGUAUAUUUUGCUGGCCGAAAUUGAUCCGUUGCUAGGUGAGAGUUACCCGGUACCGUCGAAACAGCGAACGGAGAUCAAUGGAGAUUUGUCGAAUCGAUUCGAGUGGCGGUAUUUUAUACGGCACGUUCCGGUACGGGGUAAGAAUUCCCGGGCUUUGACUCAGGUUGGGCGGAAGUUGCGUGUGAACGGGGAGAAUCUGCUGACGUUCGAGUAUGAGAAGGAUAGUUCUUCGAUCACGGUUUCGGUGGAUGAUAAAACGGAACUGCUGAAUGUUACGUAUGAUAAGUCGUCCCGGCCGGUGGCCUAUCGGCCACAGUCUGGUGAGUACGCGGAUGUGGAUUUGGAGUAUGAUCGUUUCGGACGGUUGAUUUCUUGGAAGUGGGGUAAUUUGAAGGAGGAGUACACGUUUGAUCGUGCCGGAAGGUUGAACGAGAUCAAGUACGGUGACGGAAGCUCGAUUGUUUACGCUUUUAAGGAUAUGUUUAGUAGUUUGCCGUUGAAGGUGACGACACCUCGCCGGUCGGAUUAUCUGCUACAGUACGAUGACGCGGGAGCGUUGCAAUCGUUGACAACUCCGAGAGGUCACAUUCAUGCAUUUUCACUGCAGACGUCGUUAGGAUUCUUUAAGUAUCAGUACUUCUCGCCAAUUAAUCGGCAUCCGUUUGAGAUUCUGUACAAUGACGAUGGACAGAUUUUGGCUAAGAUUCAUCCUCAUCAGUCCGGGAAGGUGGCUUUCGUGUACGAUAAUGCGGGACGGUUGGGAACGAUUCUGGCCGGAUUGUCGUCUACACAGUACACGUAUCAGGAGAGUACCAGUUUGGUGAAGAUGGUUGACGUGCUGGAGCCCGGUUUUGAGCUGCGACGGGAGUUUAAGUAUCACGCUGGAGUGAUGAAGGAUGAGAAGCUGAUGUUUGGUUCGAAGAGUGCCCUGGCUUCGGCCCAUUUCAAAUAUCAGUACGAUGGCAAUGCAAGAUUGAGCGGAAUCGAGAUGGAUAUUGACGGGAAGGAUUUGCCGAUUAUGCGAUUCAAGUACGGUCAGAGUCUGGGAACGCUGGAUGCGAUCAGUGAUCUGAGGAUCACCAGGAAUGCUUUUAACAGGACGGUGGUUCAGGAUACCUCGAAGCAGUUCUUCACGAUCACCGAUUUUGACGAGCAUGGACGGGUGAAGAGCGUACUGAUCAAUAUUAAGUCGUUUGAUGUUUAUCGGUUGGAGCUGGACUACGAUUUGAGGAACCGAAUCAAGACGCAUAAGGUGAUGGUGGGACGGGUGACUUCGCUGGAUAAGGUGAACUAUAAUGCCGAUGGACAUGUGAGCGAGGUGGUCGGAACCAAUAGCUGGAAGUAUCUGUAUGAUGAGAAUGGAAAUAUUAUUAGUAUUAUGGAGCAAGGCGAUAAGACAAACUUGGGAUACGAUACGGGCGAUCGAGUGGUUCAGAUAGGAGAUGUGGAGUUCAAUAGCUACGAUGCUCGUGGUUACGUUGUUCGCAGAGGAGAACAAAAGUACCGCUACAACAAUCGAGGACAGAUGAUUCAUGCGUUGGAAAGGGAUCGCUUCCAGACUUGGUACUUCUACGACGACAUGGGUCGUUUAGUUGCUAGCCACAACGAGAAGGGAAAUGUGACGCAGUACUUCUACGCCAACAUCAACUCACCUGAAUUGAUCACCCACAUCCACUAUCCGAAGGUACCGAAGACGUUCCGCUUCCUGUACGACGAUCGCGACAUGCUGGUAGCUGUCGAAACGGGUGAACAGCGAUACUACGUCGCUACCGAUCAGAAUGGAUCGCCGAUCGCUUUCUUCGACGUCAAUGGAAAUAUCGUGAAGGAGAUUCGUCGUACUCCGUUCGGUAAGGUCGUCAAGGAUUCGAAUCCGGACUUUUUCGUACCGAUCGAUUUCCACGGGGGACUACUUGAUCCGAACACCCGGCUAGUGUACGCGGAGAAGCGACUGUACGAUACCACGGUGGGUCAGUGGAUGACUCCGUCCUGGGAACAGCUGGCAACCGAAAUGCGACUACACACCGAUGUUUUCAUCUACCGAUUCCACAACAACGACCCGAUCAAUCGGAAGGAACCGAUGAACUAUAUGAACGAUCUGAAGUCUUGGCUGCGACUGUUCGGCUACGAUGUGACCAAGAUGCAAGGUUCCAAGUACACGAAGGAUAUGAUCUACAAACCGAAUGCUAUGAUCAAGUCGCCCCAGCUGGCGCCCGACUUUGGCGUUAUGUCCGGAUUGCAGUGUAUCGUUGAAAAGGUUGACGAGAAAUUCUCUGACUUUGGCUUCGUACCGAAGCCACUGCUGAAGAUGGAGCUGAAGACAAGAAAUCUGCUACCACGGGUUGCCUAUCGGCGGGGAGUUUUUGGGGAAGGUGUCCUGAUCUCCCGUAUAGAUGGCCGCGCCCUCGUCAGCGUGGUUGACGGUUCGAACAGUGUCGUUCAGGAUGUCGUCUCGUCCGUGUUCAACAGUUCCUACUUCCUGGAUCUACACUUCAGCAUUCACGAUCAGGACGUGUUCUACUUCGUCAAGGAUAACAUCAUGAAGCUGCGAGAUGACACGGAAGAACUGCGCCGACUCGGUGGAAUGUUCAAUAUCUCAACGCACGAAAUCAACGAUCAUGCGGGAGUUAAUGGGAAGGAGCUUCGCCUGCACGGUCCGGAUGCGGUUGUGAUCAUCAAGUACGGCGUGGAUCCCGAACAGGAGCGACAUCGUAUACUGAAGCAUGCCCACAAGCGUGCCGUGGAGAGGGCUUGGGAACUGGAGAAACAGCUGGUUGCGGCCGGUUUCCAGGGACGAGGCGAUUGGACCGAAGAGGAAAAGGAAGAACUUACCUCGCACGGUGACGUCGAUGGUUGGGUCGGUGUCGACAUUCACAGCAUACACAAGUAUCCCCAGUUGGCGGACGAUCCGGGGAAUGUGGCGUUCCAGCGGGACUCGAAACGGAAACGACGGAAGAGCGGAAACCACAAAACCUUGCGACAGCAUAGGCACGAAAGCUCGUGAAAUAGUAGUACUAUGCCAGCGUAAUCUAUCCGAUCUGUGAAGCUUUCCAAAACAAAUAAGAAAACAGAAGAAAAAAAGUUAAAGAAAUCAAGUAAAUUUCAAAGAAUGCUCUCUCGCUCUUUUAAGGAAAAAUCUUUCUCCGAGAACUGAUUUGAAGGAAGAGAAGUAAAUAUUAGAAGUAUUGUGAUACAUAGAUUUAUUUUGGAUUAUUUUCAUAGGGUUAAAUGAAAAAAAAUUAAAGAUGAUAGGAGGGAAAAGGUAACCGUGACAAGUUUUCUACACUUGAAGAAGCUCUUUCUCAUUCGAGUCGAAACGUAUAGAAGAAUGAUAAUAUCAGCAGAGAAUAAGGGAACCCACACUGAGAAUGUUGCUCCCGUCAAAGAAACGAAAAAAAACAGACAACAUAUUUUUAUAGAAGAAGGCUAAAAACCCGUGCACACCUAACCAACCCCAUCAGCAGAAAACAAUAAUCUAUUGAUUCAGAAACGCUACAAAACGUAAACGUAGAAAAAAGUAUGGUUUCCGCCAUGUUGUGAAUGCAUUUUAAUUUCCAAUCGACAACACCGACCCGUCAUCAUCGUCACCAUCAUUAUCAUCACAAACGUCAAACAAUAACCGAUAACUGUUAGAGAAAUUGUGCAACCAAAAUAAGUAAAAAAAAAGAAGCAAAUGUAAUCAUAAAUCUAUACGCUAAAUCAAAAAUGUCACCCCCGAAACUCUCACACACACACAUAAACAUCCAUCAUUCGUAGAGCAGAGGUAAAACAUAAAUAUUAUCAUUUUAUAUAUUUUACAGACAGAAGGAUGAGAAGGUAGACGACAAGAGAAGAGCAACAGAAAAAAAACUUAUAAAUAGAGAAGGAUGUAGUUAAUUAGAUGACAAUUAAAUGUGAAAAUUGUGAAUGUCUUUUAGCAGAUAAGGAAGCCGUAAAUUUUAAGAGGAAAAAAAUGCGACAUAAAAAGCAGUAGAAUAUGGAAAUUUGCAAAAAAAACAAAUACACACACAGCAGCAGCAGCAGCGCAAAGUAGAAAUGAGAAAUGAAAAACAAACAGAAUUUGGUGUUGUGCAAACAGUGCCAUUCAAACUAGUCGAUAUGUCUUCACGGACAAGCAAAACAAAUAAAAACUUGAAAGUAAAACACAACUUUAACCGGAGACAACUCAGAACAUGGUCGUGGAGAUAUUUUUACAAACGAAAUCUUUAUGAUAUUCAGCAAGAUGACAAAAACAAAACAGAAAAAAAACCGAGAACUGACUGAGAGAAACACAAACGUGUGGAAAAAGUGAAGAAGGGAAGAAAAUGAAACAAAAACAAAAACGGUGCCAUAUAUAGAAGGGAAUGAAGCAGACAACCCGGAAGCGGUUAAGUGCGAUGCGUUUAUUGUUGAUGGGAACGAUGAGUAAAUAUCUUAAUUCGUAGGUGACAACUGUACAGUAAUUAGUCUUUAGCGAUAACACAAGAGCAGACAGAUAGACGAAGCGAUAUUAUAGUGAAAUCUUCUUCUUCUGCUAAAUUUUACUGGUUUUACCACUAGUUAUGUUGGCAGCAGUGCACGUGCAGUAGGCUGUGACCUGCCGCCCGACUAGAUGAAUCUAUAUAACAAACAAAAACAAACAUAAAC